AUGCCCACCUUAGCACUCGGUAGCACGUGGCCUUCAAGCUCUGUCCUUGGGGCCCCACUUCUGCGAGAGGGUCACAGGGAGCACUGGGCAGCGGGUGAGGGGCCGGUAACAGGAUUGCUGUCUACCCCAUCAUCCUCUUCGACAUCCACGCCUCUGGACCCCCUCCACACUCAAGUUGAAGGGCUGAGCCAGGAGGCAGAGGGCGCUCGGGCUCCCCGUGUGUGCACAGCCUCCACGGCGGAGCAGGUCAGCGCCCUGGAGUGCUCCUUCCGGCACCGCCGCUCCCUGGGCCCGCUGGAGCACCAGAGGCUGGCCCGGGAGAUGCAGCUCUCCGGAAGUGCAGGUGAGGGGACUGGCCGGGUAGGGGGGUGACCCGUCGUUGCCCUGCUCACCUGGUUUCAGAAUCGCCGCGUGAAACACAAACGCCAUCUGCAGGACUCCCAGCUGAGCGCGCCCUUCCCCACAGCACUCCGUGCGCCCCUGGCGCUCUGACCCCCCACCCUCUGCCCUGGGCUGCGUGCGGCCUGCAACUGCUGUACACAUGGGCAUCCUUGCCUGGGCCCCCGGCUCUGGCCCAGCCUCUGGGCUCCUUCUGGGGUCCCUCCCUAGCGGAACCAGCCUCUCGGGCGUCCGCGUGGGCCUCGUGCGGCAGGCAGCCCCCCAGACGCCGGGAGCCCGGUGCACGUGCUGAGCCCAGCUUUGCCCUGGGGAGCCUGCGCCUCUGCGCCCCGCCAGAGACCCAGCAUGCCUUUUAAGGACGUGUGGCUGCCCAGAAGCCUGCAGCUCAGGCCUAUCAGACACUGGGCCUCCGUGCAGAGCUGUGUCUGGCAUCUACCUGCAGAGACACGGUGAUCCCCUGUGUGGGCCUGAGGCCAGUGGCACCUGGAACCUUCCGGCCUUAGGACUGCGGAGGGUUUACAGUUGAAGGCAUUUCAGAGCCACUUCAUACCUGAAAGUUGCCAAAGGGUUGGUUUAGGAAGUGAUGGGUCAGCAAACAGUCAAAGGCCAAAGUGGACUGUGCUGCGCCAGGCGCUCACACGUGGGUAAUGGCUACCCUUCCUUGUGGAUAACUAAGGGUAACUUAUUCAAUAGAAGGUUUCCAGUUAGGGUAAAUAAAGUCGGAUUCUUAUGCUAUGUGCUUCCAAGCUUUGUGCAUGAAAAUGGAAACCGGCAGGAU